CCCAGCCGGCAGGAGCAACAGUAUUCGUUGAGCAGUCACACAGCAGACACUCGCCUCCCCCUUCGCUCUUAACGCUUGCAAGCACAGCCCACUCAAAGCACCAAGUUCAAGAUGGCCUUCAAGGGAGUAUUCUACACUGUCUUCUUCGCCCUCGUCGCUUCCUCUCUGGCUGCAGAGAAGAAGGAAAAGGAGACUGAAGACGGCCGAUUCUUCCUUACCGGCACUGGCAACAAUGCUAACACCUCCAUCACCGUCAGUAGCGAUGUCAUUUACCUGUUGGCAAUCCUGGCUUUCGGUCUGAUCGCCGCUGCCAUCGUCGCUGCCAUCAUCGGCGUAGGUGUAGGUACUGGCACUAGUGACUAUAGCUACGCAGCUCCCACCUCCUACGCCGCCUACUCCGCCCCCGCCCCUGCCUACGAGGAGAGUUCCUACGCUGUCCAUCGCUCCUUGGAGGAAGGUGCCAAAAAGUUCCAGUAGAGUGUCGACACGUCCAAUUAGGAAUAUUUACUUUGGUCCCCCCCACCAAUGGCUGAUGCUCCGUUUUCUUUAAGGGAGUUUCCUCUGUAAAGUUAUUUAUUUUUUCCCCUUGAUCUUUCUCCUGUCGGUACCAUCGAAAGGCCGGUCAUGUUGGUCUAUUGACUGACAUACGAUUACUUCAGACUCGAGACAAAGACGCUUGGCCUUUGAAUUGAUUAAAAGAAAAGGGAAAUGGAAAGGAAAAAAAAUCAAAAUAUUGAUGGAGACUUGUGUGUGUUGGUAAGAUCGCGUAACUUCGACUUACGGAGGACUCUGACAACACUCGUGACAUCAGAGCUCAAUCUCUGACAACAUACGCGACAUCAGACUCAGUUUUGACUUUUAAGAGAGACUCUGAUGUCCAUUUUGCACUGCCAACUCUGACGUACCUGACUAAACAAUAAUAAUAGAAGGGCCUCGCCACUCCCCCCCCCCCUAACUUAUUUCUUCCCACGACUGACUGAUAGACAAAAAACGAGACAUUACUGAACAUUUGUAU